GUUCUUGUGGCUGCCUCCUGAAGACACUCUAGUCUUAUCUCCUGAAGAACAGUGGGCAAGAUUGAUACCAUGGAGCAGAGGAACAAUAGUGGGAGAGUGAGUGAGUUUGUGUUGCUGGGCUUCCCAGCUCCUGUGCCACUGCGGGCACUAUUGUUUGCCCUUUCACUACUGGCCUAUGUACUGGUGCUAACAGAGAACAUACUCAUCAUUACAGCAAUUAGGAACCAUUCCACCCUCCACAAACCCAUGUACUUUUUUCUGGCCAAUAUGUCCUUUCUGGAGAUCUGGUAUGUCACUGUCACUGUUCCCAAGAUGCUUGCUGGCUUUGUUGCAUCUAAACAGGGCCAUGGACAACUAAUCUCCUUUGAGGGCUGCAUGACACAACUCUACUUUUUCCUGGGCUUGGGCUGCACUGAGUGUGCCCUUCUUGCUGUUAUGGCCUACGAUCGCUAUGCGGCCAUCUGUCAUCCUCUCCACUAUCCUGUUAUUGUCAGUGGCCGGUUGUGUGUGCAGAUGGCAGCUGGCUCUUGGGCUGGAGGUUUUGGCAUCUCCAUGGUCAAAGUUUUUUUCAUUUCUCGCCUCUCUUACUGUGGUCCCAACAUCAUCAAUCACUUUUUCUGUGAUGUCUCCCCAUUGCUCAACCUCUCAUGCACUGACAUGUCCACAGCAGAGCUUGCAGAUUUUGUCCUGGCCAUUUUUAUUCUCUUGGGGCCAUUCUCUGUCAUUGGGGCCUCCUACAUGGCCAUUACAGGUGCUGUGAUGCGCAUUCCCUCUGCUGCUGGACGUCAUAAAGCCUUUUCCACCUGCGCCUCUCAUCUCACUGUUGUGAUCAUCUUCUAUGCAGCCACUAUCUUCAUCUAUGCCCGGCCAAAGGCACUCUCUGCUUUUAACACCAAUAAACUGGUUUCUGUACUCUAUGCUGUCAUUGUACCAUUGCUCAAUCCCAUCAUUUACUGCUUGCGCAACCAAGAGGUCAAGAGAGCCCUACGCUGCACUCUGCACCUGUACCAGGGCCAGGAUGCUAAUCCCAGGAAACCUAGCAGAGAUGGGUAAAGGGGAGAUAUGAUGUCUGAUAAAAUGCUGUUAAACUUGGGAUCAAGAUCUUCUAUGAAGUCCAGUAGAGUUCUUAGGGCAUAAAUUAGGGA